CCACAGGAACCCACUCGCUCUACACAACGUUCCGCGAGUACGAGCUGAUGUUCCACGUGUCGACGCUGCUGCCCUACACGCCCAACAACAGACAGCAGCUCCUGCGAAAGCGCCACAUUGGGAACGACAUCGUCACCGUCAUCUUCCAGGAGCCGGGCGCUCUGCCCUUCACGCCCAGAAACAUCCGCUCACACUGCCAGCACAUCUUCAUCAUCGUGCGUGUGCACAGCCCGUGCACGGAGCACAUGUGCUACAGCGUUGCUGUGACCAAAUCGAAAGAUGUGCCGUCCUUUGGCCCUCCGAUCCCGGCGGGGCUGAUGUUCCCCGGCUCGCCCGCCUUCAGAGACUUCCUGCUCACGAAGAUCAUCAACGCCGAGCACGCGGCGCACAAGUCCAAAAAGUUCCGUGCGAUGGCGAUGCGCACAAGGCAGGAGCACCUGAAGGACCUGGCGGAGAACUUCACCUCAGCCACGCCACUCGACUGCUCAGCCUCCAGGUUCAGCUUCAUCGCUCUGGCGGGCAAGAAGAAGGAACGCAGCCGGCCUCGGAGAGACGCCCACCUGCAGAGCGCCGGUGCCAUCACCUGGGCCGUGGCGGCCCGCGACUUCAGCCGCUCGAUCGAUAUCGGCUGUCUCCUGGCCGUUUCCAACGAGUUUGUGGUGCUGAUCGAGGAGGCGUCCAGAGAGGUGGUGUUCAGCUGCUGCUGCCGGGACGUCCUCGGCUGGAGCGCCACGCCUGCCGCCGUCAAACUGUUCUACGAGCGCAGCGAGUGUGUCGUCUUCUCCGCCCAGGAGGGAUGCUGGGACGACGUUCGAGAAAUCACUCAGAGGCUUGAGGUGGUGACUCGCGGCUGUGCGGCGGUGGAGAUGACGCUGCGGAGGAACGGCCUCGGACAGCUCGGCUUCCACGUCAACUUUGAAGGCGUGGUGGCCGACGUCGAGUCCUUUGGCUUCGCCUGGCAGGCCGGUCUCCGCCCCGGCUGCCGAUUGGUGGAAAUUUGCAAGGUUUCCGUGGCGACCCUGUCACAUGAACAGAUGAUCGACCUCCUGCGUACGUCAGUGGUGGUCAGCGUGGUCGUCGUCCAGCCACAUGAAGACGGAACACCACGGAGGAGUUCCUCAGAGCUCUGCCGGCUGCCGCUGCUCGACUACAAGCCGGAGGGGGGCGGGGCCCCGGGGCCCUUCAGGGUCCAGGCCCCGCCCCCCGCCUGGCACUGUGUCGCCGCCGUGCCCGUAGCCCCGCCCCUCUCCGGAGCCUCACCCAAUCAGGGCCCGAGCCCCGGGCAGCAGACGCUCCGCUGCCACGGCAACGUCACACGAAGCACCUCAUUCGACAGGAAGGACACCAGAAUGCCUCAGGAGCUGGACCUGUCAUCGCGGCCGCGUGGCGACGGCACUCCGCUUUACUGCAGCUCGCCUAGCAACCAGUCGACCUCCAGUGACCCCGGCCCGGGCGGCAGCUGGCCGGGCGCCGCCUGCAGCGGCUGCCCGGCGCCCGGCCCCACCCAGCUGCCUGGCCCCGCCCCUCUGCCCGGCCCCGCCCCGCCGCCCGGCCACAAGGAGACGCAGAAGGAGCCGAGGCUGGAGAGGACCAGGUCUGCAGAGGCCAAGUGGCUUCAUCCGUCCACCAAGAUCCUGAGCCUGAGGGAGAGGAGCCAGGCGAGGAAGGACGCCAGCAAACUGACACGGGACGGGGCGUGCUCCAGCCCGUCCAGCAGCAACACCCUGUCCAGCAGCGCCUCCAGCAGCAGCGAGGACAAACACUUCAGCUGCAGCGACGCCGCCGACCCCGAGGCGCUCGCCCUCGCCUACGUCAAGGGAGCGUCCACCGACAGCGGCAUAGACACCGCCCCCUGCGUGCCGCCGCCCCCGGCACCCGCCCCGCCCGCCGGGUCCCGCCCCGUCCGGCGGGAGUUCCCCGAGCCGAGCUCGACCCGGGGAAUCAGCUCGACAGCCUCGGCCGGAAACGUGACGGACGGCAGCCUGGGGGACCUGAGUGAGAUCUCCUCCCUGUCCAGCGGCUCGGCCGAGCGCCGCCUGAGGAGCUCCGCCUCGGGGGCGGGGCUCAGGCCCCCCCAGCGGACACCCUCACCCCCGGCAUCGCAGGACGGGAUUGGCUGGAACAGAACGGAGUGCGGUUCCCUGCUGGAGGAAACGAACAGGCUCCAGGUGUUGUUGGAGGGGGGCGUCCCGCUGCAGGGGGGCGUCCCGGCUCGGGAGGCCUUUCUGAGGCUGGUGCUGGCAGACGGGGCCCGUGGAGGGCAGCCUCUCGGCGGCGGCGGCGGCGGCGGCGGCGGCGUGCCGGCGUCUCCGAGGCGAGUCCUGUACCGGACGCUGUCUGACGACAGCCUGUGCAGCCGCAGGAGGAGUCUGUCCCUCGUCAGCUCCCGUAGCUCCCUGAUGGACCCGUCCCCGCCGGGCGGCCUGUUCGGCGCCGCGCCCUUCCACGGCACGCUGCCGCCACGCAUCGGCCUGCGGGGGGCGCCGCUGCAGAGGAGUGAGCUCUGUUUCUCUGACGGCUCACUGGCAGAGCGAUCCAAGAUGGCCGACGCCGGGCUCAUGCCCCUCCCUACCGCCUCGUCCCACCUGGACUGGUCCCACCUGCUGGACGCCGCGCGAGCCUUCGAAGCUGACCAGGUGUCCCUGUGCUCCAUGUCUGAAGCCGACCAGAUCCAGCAGGCUCUGGAACUCUCCGAGGAGCUCAGCCGCCGCGUGGCGACCACAGAGAGCGCCACCCUGCUGGCCAGCGAGGUCACUCCUGCCUUGCUCACAGGUAAAGUCAACCAGUUGGAGGAGAUCCUGAGGCAGCUGCAGUUCGACCUCCAAAAGGAGCAGCAGGACAAGGCGGAGCUGCAGCAGCAGGUGCAGCACCUGCGGCAGGACAACGUGCGGCUGCACUACGAGAGCCAGACGGCGGCCGCUCAGCUGCGGCGCUUCACCGACUGGCUCAUGCAGUCUGUCGACAAGAGGACCUGAGAGAGGCCACGCACAACACUGACAGACUGUACAAGCACACACACACACACACACACACACACACACACACACACACUGGCAUGUUGAUAUGCACUACUGUUGCUGAGCCAUGUGGCUGAG